UUCCCAGACUCUGUAACACUGUCCAUAUCAUGUGAUGGCAAAAUGGUGGAGGAAUACAACUUUUACGUGGAGCUUUCCACAAAUCCUGUGCGAUUUGAGCCCAUUAGCAAAGCAACAAACGUUUUCUACGAUGAAGUCAAACGACAGGUGUUUGCUGUACGCUCAGGUGGAGCUCUUGGUGUUGUGGUCCGAGGCCCAGAUGAACGAACAAGCACAACUUUCAGAAUGGAAGACAAAGGUCCUGUCAUCUCAAUCAAGUUUUCGUACGACCUGAAAAUAUUAGCCAUUCAGAGGUCACAGAAGACUGUGGAAUUCAUCAAUUUUCACACUUCGGUGGAUUCAGCUGAAUAUUCUCAGAGUUGUAAGGGUAAGAACACCAAGAUCAUUGGCUUCAAUUGGACUAACAUCAACGAAGUAGUUUUCGUCACAGACCAUGGACUGGAACUCUACCAAGUCAUCCCAGAGAAGAAGACACUGAAAUCUCUCAAGAACAUCAACAUCUCGGUCAACUGGUUCGUCUUCUUUGCUGAUAACUCGCUGCUCCUAUUGUCCUCAUCGACGCUAGGCAAUGUACUCAAUCCAUUCCAUUUUAAGGCUGGUACCAUCCUCAAGAUGGCAAAGUUUGAUGUUGAUUUACCACAAGUUCCCAAACCGGCCAAACUCUGUCUGCUGGAACGAGACGUAACUAUUGCCAAUCUUUAUAAGCAUCUGUACAUUGUUGUUCUUCGACAUCAGCCAAGGGGACCAAGCAGUAAAGGAGCAGAAAUUGUUCUCUAUCAACUGCAGAAGGAAUCUCCAGCCAAGAAGACUGACGUCCUCAAGCUGAACAUGUCCGGCCGCUUUGCUGUAAAUGUUGUCGAUAACUUGGUUGUGGUACACCACCAGGCUUCAAAGACGUCCAUGAUAUUUGAUAUCCGGCUGCCAGUGACAGAAAGUGACGGAUACGUCAACUACCACUACCCAGUCCUGGCACCAUUACCCAUCAGGCCUAUCAAGCUGAGGGUUGCUGGGAUACCGACGCAGACGGGACUAGAAAUGCGCGAGGUCAACAUUGAUUUGUACUCACCCAACUGGGUGGUGUUCCAACCCAACACGGUGAUUGAUGCCCGGCUGGGAUGUCUGUGGCAUGUCCAUCUCAGACUGGAGCCACUGGUCACAAUGAUCCCAGAAAAGUGCCGUCUGAUCGACUUUCUACUUUUAAGGAAGGAAAGCAAAAAGGUGAUCUUGGUAGUUUGCAAGCAAGUCUUAUUGCCGGGGCAACAGUGUAGCCUAGCGAUUAUUGCACGGAUGUUUGACAAGCUCAACCAGGUCUAUCGCAACUUCCUUGAAGACGAACAGUUGGCAGCCCAGAACCCUGAAGGUGGUGGAACUCCUAAAGCAGCCGCAGCUAGACCUGCUAUCAUCAGAAAGAUUGUCAUUGAUCAAUCGGACAUGUACACGCAUGUAUUGACACCCAUUGCUGAACGCAAAGACAUCAAGUAUAAGUUUGUUGUAGCAGUGCUGGUGGAAUACAUCAGGUCACUCAACCAUUAUCAAAUCCCUGUUCAGCAUUUCCUGUACGAGUUGGUCAUCAAUACCUUGGUCCAUCACAACUGUUUCUAUCAACUGCAUCAAUUCCUGCAAUAUCACGUCUUAAGCGACUCUAAGCCCAUUGCUUGCCUACUGCUGUCAUUAGAGAGUUGUUACCCACCGGCACAUCAACUAGCACUGGAUAUGCUCAAGAGGGUGUCAACAGCAAACGAAGAGAUAGUUGAAGUGCUUCUGUCUAAAAACCAGCUGCUUGCCGCUCUGAGGUUUCUCCGUAGUGUCGGGGGUGCCGAUAGUGCCUCAGCUAGGAAGUUCCUUGAUGCUGCGCUGAACACAGCAGACAGCAUGCUCUUCUACACAGUCUUCAAGUUCUUUGAGCAGAGGAACAUCAAACUCAGGGGACAUCCUCAGUUUAUGCCAGGUGAACAUUGUGAGAAGUAUGUGAAACAUUUUGAGGCGACGUUCGGUAUCGAGUCACUUGCCCCUUUACCUUAACAUCUACCGCGCUCCUGUGGACUAUUUCCCAUCAAGCAACCAUCUUGGACUUGUACCCUGAUCAUGUGUUGUUUGCCAUAUGUUAAGUUUUAACAUGGCACCAGGCGCCAGACUGUUUAGGAGCCUAGCUUUUACAUGUACGGCCACGUCUAUUGUCAGCGUACUUCCAGGUAAUUUGUAAAUUAUGUCAAAGUCUCAAAGACCUUCUGGUAGACACUGACCCUGGAAAAUAUAUUUCCCAAGAAUUAACGUCUUGGGAAUUCAAAGGAAUUGGAGCAAGGCCGUUUCAUUUCCAUUUUGUAAAUGAGACUGUUGGUGUAAAUAUUAAUAUUGUUGAACAAAAUGGCGACUUUCAAUUUGAUACUGGUAGUCGUACGCGAGUAUCACUGCGUUGCCUAUCUAAUUAGUGAUUCUUGAUCACCAAAAUUCACAAUAGAAUUUCUACGCGUAGUGCAUAUAUUUAUUUUAAAGGUAGAGUCCAUCAUUUGUAAUUUGUGCAUUUUGUUCGUUUGAAGCAACAAAAGAGUUCAAAAUC